UGUGUUCGACUUUUAACAUCCGGGGAUUUUAAACAAUGGCUGCGCCCAUUGACAAUAAAUAUGUCAAGUAAAAUUUUUAACAUUUCGGGCAAUUUUAGGCAAUCCUUUGUGCUUCCUCAUGGACAUCAGGUGCAAUGGUUUCCGGGACAUAUGCAGAAAGGAAUUUCUCAAUUAUUAGCUCGACUGAGAUCCAUAGACUGUGUCCUAGAAAUUCACGAUGCUCGAAUUCCAUUUUCGGGAAGAACACCCUUGUUCAAAGACAUGAUGAAAAUGAAAGCACACGUGCUUCUUCUAAAUAAAUGCGAUGUAGCAGACAUGAGUCGAAGAAGGGACAUUGUAAAUAGAUUAAAAGAAGAAGGUGUCGAUAAAGUUUUGUUUACCAAUUUAACAUCUGAAAAGUCAAAAGUUAUUAACCAAGAACUAUUUCCACUUGUUGUAGAGGCAAUACAUAGCGCGCCACGCUUUAACAGAGAGACAGCUGAGGCUUAUGAAAUGGCUGUGAUUGGUGUUCCUAAUGUUGGGAAAUCAACUUUUAUUAAUUAUGUUAGACGAUCACAUACAACGUUAAAGAAAAGACCUUUACGAGUUGGAGCCGUAGCUGGGGUUACACGAUCACUGUCAGGAAAGAUCCGUGCGAACUUUGACCCUCCCGUUUACUUAACAGAUACACCUGGAAUUCUCACGCCACGGGUGUCCAGUGUGGAGGAAGGAAUGAAGCUAGCUCUGUGUGGUUGUUUACCGGACCAUAUCGUGGGUGAGGAUUUAAUCGUAGAUUUCAUGCUGUUCUGGCUCAAUAAACACAGUGACUUUCGGUACAUGGAACAAUUUAAUUUAUCCGAACCAACAGAUGAUGUUCAAUGCUUUUUAAACCAUGUUGCUAAAGAAAACAAAUUUAUUAAAAAGUUGAAAUCUGUGGAUAACAGAGAGUAUAACUAUUUCCCUGAUUAUUUAGCAGCUGCAAGACUCGUGUUAAAACAAUUCAGAGAAGGGGCUAUAGGGCCCAUGUUAUUAGAAGAUUUAUGACUGCUUUUAUGUAUUAAUGAUAUCUCUCAGAACAUGAAAUUUCAAAAUUGA